CGUCGUUUCUCUGCCAGUUCUCCAGCGGUCGCAAUCUGUGCCGUGUGUGUGCGCUCUCCGUCUACGUUGUCUGCCGGCUUCUGAGUUCGUGGGUGUUCCUCAAUUUUCUGCAUUAACUGCUCUCGAAAUUCGCUCGAAUCAUCAGUGUUUCGAUACAAAGUUGGUUUCAUUCAGCAGUGUUCAUACUUUCAUAAUGUCUUGUCUUGUUUUGUACCGGUGUCGAUCCCGUAAUUUGUUUCUGAACUUGCCUCUGACGCCCAAGUCAAGACGAUAAUUUCGGUCGCCGAUUCGUAAUUGUGACAAGUUACCUCAAGUGUUUUCGUAAAGUGUCCAUUGGAUUACCUCUCUCUCUAUUUGGAUUAUCAUUGUUUACUCAGGUAUCAGCGCUUGGAUGAUGCCUGUUCGCUACGAAGAUCCAACCCUGGAUCUUGAAUUGUUGUCUCGCUUCGACGUCAGUGAAUACAUGGAUGAGCUCGACGAGCUGCCGGCCUCCCUGCCCAGCGAGGAUGUCUGGAAGAAGUUCGACCUCCUGGACAUGGCACCCACCCUCGACAUGGCCCACACGCUCCUGGACGAGCACGUGGACCUCGGCACGAUAAUGGAAGACCUGGACAUCGUCCCCUCCUGCCCGGCCCCGGAAGUGAAGAAGGAGCAACUCUACUCCUGUUGCGGCACCAAGUGCGACCGACACGACUGCAUGUGGGGCGGCUUCUGCGCCUCCAACGACCACGGCAAGUCAUGCGGAAGCGAAGUCACCUCGCUGCCCCCGGCCGCCCUCACCACAAUCAAACAGGAGCCCCCCGAGCCGGAAACGCUUCCUCAACCCGCACAACCCUCCCCGGUCAAGAUCAAAACGGAGCCAGCCUUCGAUUCAGUGCCUGCCGCUGCCGUGAAGCGCGAGUGUGAAAGUGUGAGUGUGUCCACGGUGGACAAUACCAAAGUCGUGUCGAUCACGACGCGGACGCCAAGUGAUGAGCCCCCCCGACGACGCUAUAUCGUUCAACGGACCGUUUCCCGCGCCUCCACCUCGCCGGCCCCGAGAAGUGUCGUCUCGGCCACGAUCAGCCUUCCAGCCAACAAAGUCCCCGGCAGCUGUGUCUCCAUCGUCAAAGUGUCCCCGAGUCGGCCGGAGACCCCGCAGUCCCUCCCCGAGUCGGACGACGAGUCGACCCCGAUCCCUUUGAACAACGCCGGACAGGCCCUCCUCAAGUCGGCCAUCGACACCAUCAUCGGCUCCGCGACGGUGCCCUCCUACGAGCCGUGGGACGCCGAGGACUCGGCCGCCCUCGCCAGUUGGCCCGCCUCCGAAGUGACCGGACAAGUGCGAAGGACUAGUGCCCCGACCAUUCGCGAACGUGUCAGUGUCACCGACUCGGACCACAGUUACGGCAUCAAGCUACCCCCCGGACCUACCUAUGGCUCGCCGAUCAAGGCAGAGGAUCUUGGAGUGCAGACACCCUCGGAUUCCGAGGAAGAAGAAGUCGACGUGGUAUCGUUCCAAGACACGAGCAGCAUCCGUUCCUCCUCGCGCUCCUCGAGCGUUUCGCGAGACUGUUUCGGGCCGAGCGGAACGUCGCGGACGAGAGCGAUGGCGAUCGCGACCCAGGACGAGGAGGACGAAGACGAGUCCUCGAGCAACGAGCUGGAAGAACCCAGCACCUACUUCACCAAGUCCCAGCGCUACGUCAAGCGGAAGCGACGGAAAAGCUUCUCCUACGACGACGACUACACCGAAGACCCGAAGGCCCGCCGCGCCCAGAACCGAAAGCGCGCCCGAGUCACCAAGAAGAAGUCCUCGCCGGCCAAGUCCCGCUUCGGCUACACCGACUCGGAAGGGGAGGUCCCGUCGGACAGGCGAUCCUUCCACAACUCGAUGGAGAGGAAGCGUCGGGUCGACCUGCGGAACUCGUUCGAGGAGCUGCGAUGCCUCGUCCCGCGGAUCGAGCACAAGAAACGCUCGCCCAAGGUGGUGAUCCUCAACGAGGCGGCGCUCUUCUGCAUGGAGCUCAGCACGUCCAGCCAGCAGAUGAGCGCCGAGCUGGCCGCCCUCCGCAGGAAGCAGGAAGGCCUCCGCUCGGCCGUCUCCAUGCUCCGCAAGUCCUUAGCGGCCGCCCGCUAGGUGCGAGGCGAGGUUGAAUACUCGAAUGAAACAUUCCUGAAGGCUGUAUUCCGACCGCGCUUUGCGAGCGCCGGCUAGGUUUUCACAAACGAAUUUUACCAAUUUCACCGGUUGCGGCUCAGCAUCCAUUUUAUUUUUUAUCUUUUUUCUGAGCAUCUUCGCCCGGAGCGCAACGUGCAUUCCAUCGAUGGACGCGCGAAAAUGAGAGACGUGCUAAAUUAAUUGAGGCAAGACUGAGAUCUCUCAAACUUCUUCGCUUGAUCAAUUCACUCGGUGCAGGAUAUGCAACGGUCACUAUUGACUCUGAAAUCAUAUGUCCCAAUCGGUCCCCGUGACGUUUAUCGACGGAAUGCGUGGUGUGGUCUUGAGUUCGAUGCAAUUAGAAAUUUUUCUUUUUUAUAUACAUACAUACUUGAUUAUUUACGAUUAUACGCAGAAUUAAAUUUGUAACCGGUUGCGUAGCAGCCUAGUUCCCAGUGAAUAUUGAAUUUAGUCAUCGCGAGACCUUGCAAGUGGCUGAAAAUCAACAUUAGCAACAUACUUUAUAGUUUUAUGUUAGCCCUAAUUAGUUUACUUCUCCUAAUAUAUUGCUAGGUCGAAUUUUUCAUCCUUUCUCAUGUAUGCUUAGCCUCAGAAAUUCAAUCUGCACAUCGUUGUACUGAAGGAAGGUACAUCACUACUCUUUAUUACUUACUGAAUAAAUUAAUGCAGUUGUUGGAAGCAGUAAACCCCCUGAAAUGUAGUAUUUCAGCCCCUUGCCAUCUCCUGGUUAGUAUCCAUCCUUAAAACCCCACACUUUGUGAAUACUAUCAAUAAUUAACAACUAGCUUUACAAUAUUGAUGAUGCUUAGUACAGAUAGAGUUGAUAGUCAAGGUACUGUCUCAUAAAUUAAUCUCCUGCCAGUCGGAACAUUUUCAAAUUUCAACUCAAAAUGCUUUCUGCCGGCAGGAAUGACGAGAAACACUGUUUGUAAAAUUAAGUUCAAAUAUUGUGUUGAGGAUGAUAUAAUUUCUUGUAAGAUAAAGUAGUAGUGUAGUAUAGCUUAAUCAUUCAAUUUACCAACAAUGUUUUUAUUGUUAGCCUUUUUAACUAUUUUUUUACCCUUAAACUUGAUUUUGUUGUCUUUUCAAAAGACUGUCAUUUUUGUUCUUUUCUCCACUCUCCUGAAACUUUUUUUUUUUCUUUAUUUAUUCAUUUGUAUUUAUUCAUGGAGGACUGCUAAAUUUACUCGUAACAUGUCUAUUCUGAUCGUUUUAAGCAAGUAUUUGUACUUAAUACGAUUUUCUCUCUCCUUUCUAGAAACUAAGCCCGAGUAAAAUUAUGUUACCAUAAGACUCUAAAUGCUUUUUUUCUCUUUUUUCAAUACUAUUUAACCUCUUAUUUUACCCCUCGGAUUAUUUUUAUUUCGUUUGACAGUUUCAGACCCUUGUAACUCUGCAAUUUAUGAUGGAAUUGAAUUUUCCUUCCCUUUUAUCCUGGAUUUCUACAAUACGGUGUUUCGCCUAGUUCGAUUAUGGAUUACUCAGUUCAUAAAUAACGAUUUUGAAUGAAACUAUUCUCGCAUUGCCUCUCUCAUUUUUCCUAAUCAUAGUUCAUUUUGAAAGAAGUAUUAGUCUUGCUUCCUUGUGAUUUGCUAUUGAGUUAGGUUUAUUUUCCCUGCUCUUUUUGAAAGUGUUAGAUUAAUAGAAUGUUGUGAUUUAUUUUUUAAAAACUGUUUGUAAAUUUAUGUAUAUCACCUCUAUUUUUCUUUGCUUUAUCUUUGUCAUAUUUUUUUACUUCCUUUGUUUUCGAAGAACUGAUUGUAAAUUUUUAACUGGAACAUUAAUUGUUCAGUCUAUGUAUGAUUCAACUUGCAUUUAUCAAUUUUUUUUAGUACCUCAUGAAAUUUAAAGUUAGGAUUAUGGUUAUUUAAGUUUGAUGAAAUUAAAACUAAGAUUCGUGAGUUAAUUUAUUUCUCAAGACAGUGUGAUAAUGUUCAAACAAGAGGAUUCUUUUUCUUUCAUUUUCAGUACCGAAGUUCUUGUAAAAGCUUCUCUGACCUACCUUCUUAUUUUCUUCUCUGCAGUGAAAGGGUAUUUUAAAGUCGACUACUUUUAAAUUUCUUCUUUGCCCCUUACUUCAUCCCUUUUUCUGUCUUUUUUUCCCCUGAUUUUUUCUAUUUUAGCCGACCCGACCCACACACUAUUUCAGCAUCAUUUGUGUUGCUCCACUUUACUUAAUUAUGACAAUUGAAAAGCUGACAGAUUACGACGAAGUCCUUGAACAUUUUUAGGUAAGGCCAGUCGUUUUCUCGCUUUUCUCUCUUGUCACUAAAUAGUGUGCCCUUUUAUUUUUUUUAUUUUAUUUUUUUUAAAAUCCCGUCCGUUUACUGUUAUAUUUCAGAUCUGAAUCUCAUUUAUGCUUGCAUUGACUAUUCUCAAAACUGCAGCCCCAUGUAUAUUUACAAUGUUACUCUUUCGAAAUCGUGGUAGAACAGCUACACACCUCAGGCAAUUUAUGACAAUGGCGAAGAUGCCUCGUCCCAACAUUUCUGCUCAUAAUCAAAUACUUCUGCCUCUUUUAUUACUACGCCUAUCCCUCUACUCAACAACACACCCCGUAUCAUGUCAUGCCCUCAGUAACUUAUUGGCAGUUUUCUGUUCACUAUUAUUUUUAUUUUUAUUUAACAAUUCCUCUUGUAACUGUCUUAUACUUUUCUCAUUUGAAGUUUCGUAUCUUAAAGCAAAUGUAUUUUUUUGUCUUGAAACUAUUUUACGCUUAUUUAAAGUUUAGUUUGUAUCUACUGGAAAUAUAUAUUUUUCUUUUCUCCUGUACAUAUUUUGUAAAUAGACUAUGUUUGCACAUACUAAUGUGAAUAGAAAAUUUUUAUUUUUGUUCUAGGUGUUAAAUCUUUGUCAUUAUUUGUUUGUAUUACUUAUAGUACUUUUUUCUUUUUAAUAAUAGUGUUAUUUUAUAUUUUUGAAUUGUUAACGUACAUGUUCAUGUUUCAUGUAAUUACUCGUCUCCAGUUUUUUUUUUCUUUUUGUUUAGUUAAUUAAUGAUUUGCUCCUUUUCAUAAUUCAUUCAUCUUACUGCAAGAAAAACGAAAAUGAAAAUUUCAAAUUAUUUUUUACAAAUAAUAGUUUCUCUAUCUCAGGAUACAGUGCCACUCCCUUAAUUUACUCAAUGAAAGAAUUUACAUUUUCAAGAAUUAAAUUUUUCGUACCAUUUUAUGCUCAACAUUUUUCAAAAAUCAAGUUUCAGUAAAAUUGAUGCAUCAUCUCAAAAAAUCAAAAGCGGUAUGUUCCAAACCUGCGCUAAAUUUGUACAAAGUAAAUAUCAAAACCAGUUAACAUGUUUCCAUUUUGACAGGGUAAGAUCGAUCAUUGCAAGAAAUCUCUAAACCUUGAAUAAUUCGAUAUUCCAUUGUUUGCUCAUACCUACUUUCUUACUCACGAGACAUCUCUUGAACUGCCCCCAAUAAAUUUAUCAUAACAAUCAUUGUUGUCACGUAAUUAGUCAUGCAAGUGUUAUUUAUGUUUGUUCAUUACGCUCAUUUUUACUUGGGAGUAUUUUCUAUUUCUCUUAAUUUUAACAACUACGCUUUUUUCCUUUAAGUUUUGAAUUACUCUCCCCUCGCAUAAGAGCGGGUUCUAGCGCCGUAAGCUUUUACGUAUAAGGUAGCAAAUCCAUUGAAUUAGAUACUACCAUUAUGUUUUACUCUUCUAAGUUUCCCGCAGUGAUGUAUGUUUGGUCUGGUUAGCCCAUCUAUUCCAAAUUUUUUUCUGAUUUCGCUCCUCUGACUCAGAUUUCUGAUUUUGACUUUCACAUAAUUUCCCCUGAUGUGCUCUGCUUACGCUCAUAGUAUUAUAACAAUGGAUGUUUCUUCCAUCCUGAAUUACGUUUACUUAAAACGGAUGGAAAAAUCGACCAUUAUACCAUCCCGUAAGAUCAAAAUUAUUCCUCAAUCACUCAAUUGAUGAUAAUGCUUUUUACUCUUUGAUUAACUUUGAUAUGCAGUUUCCCAGUAGCAAAUGCAAUGCAAUUUCUCACGAUUUUAGAGUUGAAAUGAAGAUCGACCCCGAUGUACUUAAUAUAUUACUUUAUCUGUUUUGACUUAAGCCAUAUAAAUUAAUGGUUCUAUGGGAACGGAUUGCACACAUGAUCAACAGUUUGUGAACCAUCAAAUGAUCAACAUCGUGGAGACUUAGCUUCGAAGCAACUUGAAUCAAAUCAAUUCUUUUCGAUAAUGUCAUUGUAUUCGUAGGUCUCAUUCUGCUCACGAACUCUCUGACAAACUUUUCUAUGUUUUUCCAUCAUAAUUAUUAUUGCUCUCCUGAUUGAGAAAGAAAACCAGACCUCACUUUCAGAGUAUCUGAAAAUUCAAAUUACUGUAAUUAUCAUUAAUCCUUUGUUUAAUUUAAGCAAUUUAGCUUUCUUCAUUGAAAGAAACUUCUUUUUUUUUCUGUGAUAAUAUUCUAGAAGUAGUGAAAGAACUGCAGAAAUACUGUUGUAAAUUACCUAACAGUAUCCUCCUUUACUCCUCACAAUGCAGUCAAAUGUUUAAUAUGUCCCCCUCCCUUUCAAUUAACUUGAGAAGGUGCUUUCUUUGAACAUUUAUUUUGAUUCCUAUGUCUUGACGAGUCGACUAAGAAAAUUUUAAGAAUCAUAGUAAGUUUAAAAAAGUACCAUUGAGUACAAAUAUCUGCAUUUUUACCAGUUCAUAAGAUUUUACUCAUUUACCAAUUUUUUUUUCAGAUGUUUCCGCUUGGUUUUAGGUUCUGUCCAAGUUAGAACAGCCAGGAAAAUAAACGAAAUGUUUUCCAAAACUUUUGUUUUAUGCCUCCCAUGAGAGAAGGUGAUUUUAACCACGCUCAGCAGCUGAUAGUCUGAUUGCAUUCUCUCCAGAAUGACAAAAAUCAGUUUUAGUUGUAAAGGCUGAAGCAAGCAUAGGAACCUCAAUAUUAAGUUCAUUUCUAAAAUUCAUUUUGUUUGUUUUGAUUUUUGUGUUAUUUAUUUUGUAUUUAUUAUUACGUUUAAACUCAUUUCUUUGCUAAUUGCAGCAGUGCUUAAACUAAGCUCUGCCAAAUUUAUAGCCGAUGUCAAACACCUUAGAACGUGAAGUGAUUCACAACCCAAUUUACUUAGUUUUAUCUCAUCUUUUCUGAGAACUUCGAAGGCAAUUUUAAUUUCUUUUACUCCCAUAUUAAUGUUAUUUACUCAAAUAUCUAGGUGCAGUAAGUGCACUCCUCUUUACUGUAUCUCAUUGCUUUUCUCCUCUAUCAUUUUUCCUUUAUCAUUUUCUAUAUUUCAGGAGUCAACUAUUGUCUCCUAACGUGUAAAAGAUUUCAAAACGGCGUUCGUUAAUUAGCCGUGCAGUUAACCUUGCUCAGUUCAUUAAAUAUUUUAGUCACCGGUCUUUUUAAUUUAUUUAUGUUUAUUUCGUCAAAACUAUCUAAUUUUCAAGUUGAUUCUUCAUCUACCCGUGGCCUAAUUCUUGCAGUUUGUCUUUGCCCAUUUAUUUUGUCAAUUUUUCAUUUAUAUCUACCCAUCACUUGCUGUUUCAUCAAAUUACAGAUAAUGUUCCACCUGAAAUAUUGCGAAGUUCUAAGUAGGUAUUAGGUCAUACGUUUCUACCGUGUAAACUGUAUCAGUUAUGUUUCUGAAUUUUGAAAUAAAUGAGUAUCAUUUGGAA